AUGGCAAGCCAGCAGCACCACGGCCAGCUGAAGUGGUACAACUUCAAGUGCGGCUACGGCUUCAUCACCGACCUGAGUACAAAAACAGAUGUUUUUGUACACUUCUCCGGCCUGAAGAGGUCUUUACAAAAACGUCUCCCUCGUGAAGGUGACAUGGUUCACUUCACCAUCCACAACGGAGACAAAGGACCAGACGCCCGAGAUGUUUCGAGGAACGGCAAGAGCUCCAAGGCAUGUGCUUCACGCUCCACACCACCUCGCAGGAGUUGGGAUAUGGAAGCUAAGGUAACAGUUGGCAUUUGCACGGCAAAAGCCCUCGCUGGCAGCAAUGUCCGUCGCUUGCAAGUCCUUAUCCCACUCCUGCUGAAGCACAACAAUCUACCUGGCAUAAGGAUACCACAACAAGCCUUCGGAGCCUCCCACACACCAAAACCGCCAAAAAGUCACCAGCCGCUUCUCCACGACGUUCACCCUUGUCGUGAAGAGCCAGUUGAAGAGCCAGUGGAAGUGGAUGAGGAGGAAGACGAGAUCGUAGAUGUGGAAGGCAGCGACUCGGACCAGCCACCUCCAGACGUCGAGCCCCCUCCAAAUGAAGAAGGCUAG